AUGGCCCCAAACCUCACUGUAACCAACUCCGAUGCCAAUACAACGAUUGUUCAGUUUAAUCUUGUCACCCAGUUACCAAUCAAAUUAACUGGCAGCCACAAUUUUUUCCUUUGGAAAGCACAACUGUCCAUGCUUAUGUGUGGUCACAAUCGUCUGGGUCGCCUCGCAAAAGAAACCCUUCAUGUCGCUGAUUAUCUGUACCAGGUUCAAUCUCUCUAUGAUGAACUUUCCAGUGCUGGAGCUCAUGUGUCCAAUGAGGAAAUGAUUGUCAAAAUCCUCACUGGACUUGGACCUGAAUUCCGUGAAAUAUCAGCUUCUAUUCGUGCAAGAGAAUCUACUAUCUCUUAUCUAGAACUUUAUGAGAAGUUACUUGACCAUGAACAUUCCGUCAAGCAUGAAGAAUCAAAGAAGCCACUCUCAACACCCAUUACUGCUGCUCUUACACAGCAAACAAACAUGCAUCCUCGCCAAGGAAACACCUCUAAUAGGCGUUCAAAUGCAAAUUCCCCUAACACCAACCAAUCACAAUCACAUGAUCACAUACAAGCCCGGGAAAACUAUGCUGCUCGAUUUCCAACUCAACAGGCUCCUUGGAUUGUUGAUACAAGCACCACUCAUCAUAUGGCCUCUAAUGCGCAAAACUUCACUGAUGUGCACACCUACCACGGUCCAGAGGAGAUAGCAAUGGGGGACGGUAACACCAUUCCAGUAUCUCAUACCGGAUCUGAGUACGAGGGUGCCUCUGUUUCGCGGACAGAAUCGAGAUGGGCUUUAUGA